AUGCAUCAUAACUCACAGUCUUUGAGCUCUGGACACAUCAGGAGCCCCGAGGAUGAAAAUGUGGCACCUAUAGGUAAUCUUAAACACAGGACUGGAUCCCUCAGUCAUAUUUCAUCUGCGCACCCGAGGGUCGCACUUAGCGACGUUACCAAUAUAGUUGCGACAAACUCUAGCAACAACAGCAUAAGUAAGCCAAAAGUCGCCCCAAUUAAAGAAAGAUUGGAUUCAGCUGCGAUAAUUGAGGAAGAAAGGCUGGAUGCGAAUAGUGUUGCACAGAGAAAAGAAGCUGAUCAUAACGAUUUGUUAACGGACAGGGAACAAGAGGAACCCGUUGAAGACGACGGAGAAAGCGAAGAGGAUGAAGAAGAAGACCAGGAGCCUCUACUGUUGCAACAUUAUGCUAGUGAUACAUUGGUCUGGGAGCAUGCAUUUAGAACUUACUAUAGAACUACAUUAGAUCCCAAUGAUGAUGACGUGUACGAUGUGGUCAUGGUUGCCGAAUUAUCUAAUGAGAUAUUCGAGUAUAUGAGGAAAUUGGAAGACCUGUAUAAACCCAACCCGUACUACAUGGAUAAACAACCAGAGUUAAGAUGGUCGUUUCGAAGCACACUGAUUGAUUGGAUCGUCCAAGUACAUGAAAAAUUUCAACUUUUACCUGAAACUCUAUAUCUCUGCAUUAAUAUAAUAGACAGAUAUCUGUGCAAAGAAGUUGUUCCUGUAAAUAAGUUCCAACUUGUGGGUGCAGCCUCACUCUUCAUUGCUGCUAAAUAUGAGGAAAUCAACUGUCCUACAAUCAAGGAUUUCGUAUACAUGUCAGAAAACUGCUACUCAAGGAACGACCUGCUGGACGCAGAAAGAACUAUUUUGAACGGCUUAGAAUUUGAAUUGGGUUGGCCUGGUCCGAUGUCAUUUUUACGAAGAAUCAGUAAGGCAGACGAUUACGAGCAUGAUACGAGAACACUGGCCAAAUAUCUAUUGGAAUCCACAAUAAUGGACCAUCGACUGGUUUCCGCUCAACCUAGUUGGUUAGCUGCCGGUGCAUACUUUCUAAGUAAGAUUAUUCUGGGCCAAAAUCAGUGGUCUCUGGCGCACGUCUACUAUUCCAAUUAUACACAAGAACAAAUUCUUCCGUUGGCCACCAUUAUUUUAGAAAAUUGCAGAUAUGCCUCUAAACGUCAUAACGCCAUAUGGAGAAAAUAUUCUUCACGUCGUUAUUUGCAUUCUUCACAGAUCGUAGCGAAGUGGAUAGCAUUAGCUGAACACAGAGUAGAAAGAUCUAACUAA